AUGUCGGACUACGAUCCAUUCGACCGCAACAUGCGAGUUUGUGUUCAGCGCAACGGCGAAAUCGACGACGUUCGCUACUGCAAUCUCAUGCUUCCUCGCAGCGGCCCAGAGUCUCCCGGGCCUCAUUCCGAUAUCAAGGGAUUGAUGUCAUGGCCGCGUAUAUGCGGCGUCUUGACCGACGAAGAGAUUGCUCACACGAUGCAGACGGAUUCAUCGUGGACGUCUAAACCACGUGGCUGUCGAUUGCGCAUAACCUUCACAGAUGAAGAAUCUGAUGAUGAUUCUGAUGACCCCACGAAUGUCGAAGAGAACAAGGGAAGUUGGGAAUCGCGGAAAAUUCCUGGCAAAAAUAGGAAGAGGGCGGACCUGACCUCGGUCGAUCCUAUCCCCUGCCGGGUAACGCAGGUGGUGCUGGAAGAGAACACGAACAGAACCCUGGUGCAGCUGCCCCCGGCGUGGAAUUGCGACAGCUUCAUCAUCUUGGCUAAAGUCUUCAGUAUCAUUGCCAUCGCACUAGAGCGUGUGGAGUUCCUUGGCGCCCAUUCGGAGAUGGGAGAGGCUCUAGUAAAAGCGAGAUCAGAGGUUCAGGACGAGCUCUUGAACAGUCUGGAGGCCGAGAUUAACGACACCAACAAACUGCAGAUUGCGGCACCUGUCCUUCCGUUUCUGCCGCUUGAUAGACUAUGCGGCGGUAGUCAGCCUCUAACGUUGGAUCGUCUGCAAGGGCUCGUCUCGAGGGUUGUACCAUACUAUGCCGUGGCCCCGAGGAGCGAGGUCCAUCGAGGGUCAUGCGGUUGUCUCCUACCCGGGGGACUAGCAGAAGCAGACAAAGGAGCGCGUAUAUCUGAGGUCAAGGUCACACCUCGGAGAUUUUACGACGCUUUGCGGAGCAGCGAGGCGCAUCUCAAAGAUAGGAUAGUGACUAGACCUGCGGAUGAGCCUGUAGAGAGCUACAUAGCACUCUCAUACCCUUGGAAGUCGUACGACUCUGGAGACUUGGAAAGGAUCAUCGCGAAGUUCCACGAAGUAUUGAAGCAUCGGUACUACUGGGUCGACCGCUUGUGCAUAGACCAAGACAGCUAUGAGGACAAAGAAACCGAGGUGCCCAAGAUGAAGGACUACUACUCUAACGCCGAGCAUACACUAAUCCUUCCUGGCAUGCCAUUUCCACUUGAAAUGGCGCAGCUGGAGGCCGAGGGUCCUAAAGUCCGAAUCUACAGUCCAGAGCUAGUUCAGCAGGUCAAGCAGAUAUGGGAGAGCUGCGAGUGGAGAAAGCGCUGCUGGACAUUGCAAGAAGCCAUCAUGAGCAAGCAAUGCACCUUUUGGACAGGUCAAGAAUCGGCACCUCUGAUCGACUCUUCACAACUUGUGGGCAUUUUAUGCAGUUCACCAUUUGGCAAUAGCUAUAUAAACACUCUCCCCCACCUCGCUAUGGAAAUAGGCCAUACGGACAAGACAACCUUGGUCGCCAUGUCAGCAACGAUAGCAGACCCAACAGAGGAAUCUAUAUAUCAGAGGGCAAUAAUUAGAUGUUCGAUUCACGGUACCAUCCUUGACGCGAACGCCUGCAAGCGCCCCUUGGCAGUGCUUUUGGAUAAGAUUCGUGGGCGAGAAGCCACUCUGGAGUUGGAUGAGUACUACAGCCUGUUCUCCAUGGCAUCGGACAAGCUUCCGGCUGUAGAUUACAGGAUCGACCCUACGCAACUUGUGGAGAGGAUUAUUGGCACCGGCGCUCUCGGGGCAAAUAUCCUAUUGACCAGCACACGUCAAGACCCUGUCGCCAAUAGGAGUUGGUUGCCUAGCAUGUGCGCCCAGCGAGAAUAUUCGAUGAUUGGAGCAGGUAUAAACGCGGCACAUCCGCACAUCUCUGAAGGUGCAAUGGUCGUUGCUGCUUUUCCGGUCAGAAUGAAGAUUGCGGAUGAUGACAACAGCGAAUACUUUGCUGCGGGCACGGAGCUUUACACGGUGUAUUCAUACCCAACAGAGACGCCUUUUGAUGUUGACAUGGAAUUCACCAUACGUCGCAGACUAAAGAAAGCGAGCCACUAUCUCUUCAUACAGCCGGUGAAGUGGGAUCGCUCAGUGUUCACCAGUGGUUUGAUACUUCUGGCCACUGAAGAAAAGCAACCAGGAGAGCACCGUGUGAUAGAUGCUAGCAUCAUGGACAACAUGACACAGCAUGCAUUUUUGCAAAACGACCAUUUCGGACAUGGCCGAACAACUCGUCUUCUCUAG